AUGCUUUCCCUCAAGUCAACUCUCUUCUUCGCUCUCGGUUGCGCAAGCACCGUACUUGCCACCGAGUCGGACAGAGGUUUCCAACUUGCCGUGCCCGUUCCUUGCAGCGAGGACUCGCUCGCCCUCUCGCUCGCCUCCCAAGGAACCAACUCGACUGCAGGCGCCGAGCAUGCCUCUCUAGAGAAGAGAGCGUGCAGCUGGGGGGGCAACUUCUUCGAGCAGGGAGGGUGCUCUUUUUCAGGAAGCCAGUUCAGCCAAUGUGUCUCUGGCGGUGUCGGAUGCGUGCUCACCAACUCGGUCCUGCCAUUCGGCUACAACAGCAUCCUCGCAACGGACACCUCGUGCGAUCUCCGUAUCUGGUUGGGCGGCUGCAACGAUGGCUUCAGCUUCGGCAUCCCUCGUGGCUCGCCAACUGGUAUUUGCUGGGGUGGAUUUGGCACCGCCCACGGCUACUCGGUCCAGUGUUAA